CCGUCGUCAGUCCGAGCCUCGAUGCUCCGCGAAGGCAGGAUGGAGGAGUUUGUCACGGAGGACGACGAGCCGUGGUACGACCAGCGGGACCUGGAGCAAGACCUGCACUUGGCAGCCGAGCUGGGCAAAACUCUCCUGGAGCGCAACAAGGAGCUGGAGGAUUCCCUGCAGCAAAUGUACAUCAACAAUGAGGAGCAAGUGCAAGAGAUAGAGUAUCUGUCCAAACAGCUGGAGAUGCUGAGGGAGAUGAACGAGCAGCACGCCAAGGUCUACGAGCAGCUGGACGUGACCGCCAGAGAGCUGGAGAUCACCAACGAGAAGCUGGUGCUGGAGAGCAAGGCCUCGCAGCAGAAAAUAGACAGAUUAACGGGCACCAUGGAGACGCUGCAGGGCCAGGUGGACAGCCUGACGGCCCAGGUGGAGGAGCUGCGUACUCUGGAGGAGCUGAGGGUUCGCCGAGAGAAGAAGGAACGACGCAAGACCGUCCACUCCUUCCCCUGCCUCAAAGAGCUCUGCACCGCCCCGAGGUAUGAAGAUGGCUUCCUGUUGGCCAACCCGGGCAGCAUGGACCUGGCGGAGCGUCGGCCGGCAGACGAGGAGAACGAGCGCCUGCGCGACGCCGCCGCGUCGUUGCGCUCGGCCAUGGUGGUGGAGCGCAGCAGGAGGGAAGGGGCGGAGCGCGAGUGCGCCGCCGUGCUGCAAGAGUUCGAACGGCUGGAGCAGCGCCUCCUCGGGGCGGAGGGCUGCCAGCUGCGGGUUCAAGAGCUGGAGGCCGAGCUGCAGGAGAUGCAGCAGCUGAGGAAGUCCCGAGUGUGUCUGAUCAGCGACACGGAGGACGGCCUGGAGCAAACGCUGCUCAACAGCGCCCCCGAGACCGACACCCCAGAGGAGGGCGCCAUGCCGGAGCAGGGCGGGGAGGGAGCCGGCGGGGAUUCGGGGGGCACGGGUCAGCAGGGCGCCCCUGUGAGGAAGAGCUGCAGCGACACGGCGCUGAACGCCAUCUCGGCCCGCGACGCCUCGGGCAGGCGGCAGGGCAGCUACGCCCUCCACGCCAACGGCGUCCGUAAACGGGGCAUGUCCAUUCUGAGGGAGGUGGAUGAGCAGUACCACGCCCUGUUGGAGAAGUACGAGGAGUUGCUGGGCAAGUGCCGGCGUCACGAAGAGAGCCUGUGCCACGCCGGGGUGCAGACCUCCCGGCCCGUCUCCCGAGACCCCUCCAUGAAGGAGUACAGCAUGGUCUCCCCCGGGCCCUACGCGUCGGGGGCCUUCGCCAUUCCCCCCACUCCGCCCCAGACGCCCUCCACCCCGGAGGCCCUGGAGGGCAUCAGCAGGCAAGUGGAGCAGGUGGACAAGCGGCUGGGCCAGAACACACCCGAGUACAAAGCCCUCUUCAAAGAAAUCUUCUCCCGCCUGCAGAAGACCAAGAGCGACAUGAACUCCAGAAAGGGAAGGAAGACGAACAAAUAAACCCCCGAGCUCGUUCGUCCACGACCGCUGCCACCGAUACGACAUGCGGUGAGAAGCACCGGGUACAACAGUCGCACACGUCCUAAUUUGCUUCAUUUAUUCCCAUAACCGUCUCCAUAGCUGCUUGUUAAACUUUUCGUCACUCGUGUCUUAAUGGCGGGAUGCCUAGGGUGAUGGCUGCAACAUCCACCGUGUCAGUUGUCUGCUGUUGAAAGGAUGGCUUAGUUAAUCUAUAAAAUGCCAAAAGUUAAAUAUCAGCUACACGGGCGAGGGGUUGUAAAUAAGCCAAAUUUUCUUAGUAAAUGAAAUUCCUUUUCUAUGAAGGUAACACUCCUGAAAAAUGACUAACAUAAAAAAAAUAAUGCGCUAGUCUUUGUUGCUCCCAUCUUAAGACAAUCUAGUGUGGUUUUAGUAUCGAGAACAAAGUCGUACUAAGUUGAUCUAACGCAGAAGUGAUUAUCACUUGUGAAUUUGAAUUAUUUUGAAAACGAGUCAUUUAUUUCAAAAUGAAGAAUUUCUAAUGCUGAAUAAUCCUAACUAAUGUGGCUGUGAUGCAUGUCCUCAUCUAUUUAAGUCUAGAUCUUCAACAUCAAGUAUAUAAAUAUAAGCACUGUAAAAACCCAAGCCUGUGGGACUGAAUAAGGAAACUUGACUUGAAAUACAAAGAAGAAACCGAUAAGGUUGUCUGUGUCCGAGAGAAUUUUCUGCAUUGGUUGCCAUGUCUGCAUAGAACAGUUGUGUUAUAUUGCCAAAAUGAAGCACAAAUGUUUACUAUUUCCAGUUAAGAUAUAUUUAUUUAAAUGGUUGUUUAUGUUGUAAUUUGUUUGAAAGCACUGAUGUUUGUUUCACUUUUUUUGACCGCAUGAUUUCUUUGCGUUUCGGUCCUCCUGUGUGUCUUGGCUGCGGGUAGUUCAGUUGUUUCAGAGGUGACGUUCUCCGUUCCCGACUCGCGUGAGUCUCCGUGCAGUCUCCAAGUCGUAAAGCUGAUAAUUACUUGUAAACGGCCGUAUAAAAUGUUUUCUCUUCGAUUAAAAUUUGCAACAUGUUAACCUUGUGCUCUGCUACAUUUGGUAGAUGGAUGACGCUGGACUUUUUUUUGGGGGGGGGGGGGCGGGGGGUCUCAUAAGGCAAGUCUGCAAACAGCAGCCAGACUUUGCAGGGACCUUUUACUGUCAGGAAUUUUUUCCCCCUCACUUCUGUCCGGCCAAUUACCCCACUCUGCCGAUCCGGGGAGGGCUGCAGACUACCCCAUGCCUCCUCCGAAACACGGAGUCGCCAGCUGCUUCUUUUCACUCGACAGUGAGGAGUUUCACCAAGGGGAUGUAGCGCAUGGGAGGAUCAUGCUCCCGCCCCCCCCCCAAACAGGUGCCCCGACUGACUGAAGGAGGCACUAGUGGGACCAUUCUGAUUCUGAUACCCACA